CUCCUCUCCACAGAGUAAACAUUGAUUGGAUGUGUGAUUACACUGGAGGUGUGGGAUUAUUGUUGUACAAGGCUAAUGUCCAGCCUUUGACAUCACAGCUGAUCGACCAACCACAAAGCUGCUCAGUACACGACCACAUGACAACCACCACCACCUGCUGCUGUAAACCCAGGGACGGGUCUCAAAUCUGGGAUAAGCCUCCUCCCCCCUCUGUCCCCUCGCUUCGCCUCAGUUCAUCUCUGUACUUUGUAAGAGUUACCAGUUCUGUUUCACGCUGUCACAUCGAAGCACGUCUUCUUCAUGAACCAUUUGUCCUGAAUAAGGAUAGAACACAGAGAAGCCGGGAGGAGGAGGGCUGAUUUGGGUAUUGAGACUCGACCUAAGAUACUGUUCAGUCUGAUAAGAUCAGUGAGACUCAGUCUGUUGUAAACACUGUGGUGUUUCCUCUUCACGGACACAGACAGACGCAGUUAAAGAUCCUUUUUUCAUGGUGUUCUCCAGGUAACCACCAUGCCGACUGUCAAGAGCAAGAAGAAGAAGCAGAAGAAGGAAGUGACGGAGGGCGAGGAGCAGGGAGAAGGAGGAGUUGAGAUGGAGAUGGAGGAAGGAAUCCAGAGGAGUCAUUCUGACAGCAGAGACCCUUUAACCCCAGAACCCCAGGACCCGGCACCACAGAAGAAGAAGAAGAAAAAGAAGACGCCGACUAUCGAUCAUGAAGCAGAACAUGGUGACGUUCCAAACGGUAACGCUGCAGAACCGACCCCAGAGGGAGAAGAAAUGACUGUCGCUGUAACAAAGAGGACAAAAAGGAAGAGGAAAGCAAAGGCAACAGAGAACUACAGCAAUGACCUUGGAGUCGAGGACGAUGAUAUCGCCAAUGACAACCAGUCGCCCAUUCCUCAGCAUUCUCUGUUCUCAGCCCCCCACGGACACAGCCAGGCAUCCGGAAAAGUCUUUGUAGAGAGAAACCGUCGUUUCCAUGGUGAGCGACUAGACCACCUUCGACACUCAGAGCUCAUGGACGACUACAUGGACCCCCGACAAAUAUGGACGACUAGAGAUGUGGCUAUGAAGGUCCACAGUGGCUUCAGGGUGAUCGGUCUGUUCUCUCAUGGUUUCCUGGCCGGAUACGCUGUCUGGAACAUCAUCGUGGUGUACGUUCUGGCGGGUGAACAGAUGACGACGCUGCCCAACCUCCUGCAGCAGUAUCACCUUCUGGCUUAUCCAGCUCAGUCUCUGCUGUACCUGCUGUUGGCCAUCAGCACCGUCUCCGCCUUUGACAGAGUCAACCUGGCCAAGGCGUCGAUGGCCCUGAGGGGGUUCCUCACUCUGGACCCUGCCGCUCUGGCCUCUUUCUUGUAUUUCAUCGCUCUGAUCCUGUCGCUCAGUCAACAAAUGACCAGCGACCGCAUCAACCUCUACCCCACAGCCAAUGAGACGCUAUGGCCUCCUGGUUCCGAGCAGCAGAUCCUGAGGCCGUGGAUUGUGGUUAACCUGGUGGUGGCGCUGUUAGUGGGUCUGGCCUGGGCUGUGGUCUCCACACGGCCUGACAUCGAUUAUACAGAAGAUUUUCUAAUGACGAUGGAAGUGGAAGGAUAUCCACGAGGAGAGGAGAACGUGGACAUCCCAGCAUGAAACCCUGAAGACCACCACUCAGUUUUUUUUUUUGUUUUUUUGUCAUUUAAUGUAUGUAAUUAUGAAUCAUUUAUUACUGUUUGUUAUGUGUGAUUUUGUAAAUGAAUAAAACAGUUCAUAUACAGUCA